AUGGCGGGGAACCCAAAGCAGUACGGUGCAAAGAAGCAACAGCGAGCCAUUGAAGAAGAAGACGCGCGACUGAAUUGCCAAGAACACGGUGUCAUGAAUGCGUACCCGCAUUGUGGAAACAAUCCAGUGUGGAAGCGAAAAUGUCGGAGUGUCGAGUCCCAAAACAACGAUGGAGCCCCCAAAGCUGUUGUGUCGACUAAGCCAAGGCAAACGGAGACGCACAACUCUGUUGUAAGCUUCCAGAGUGCUGAGCGGCUUGCUGAUUGGAUGCACAACGCUGCGAAGCGCCAGACUAUACAGCUGAGUCUGAAAUGCGGCGAGCGCAGCGAAGAAGUGCGGGAUGCCCUGCUUCGACAGUUUCAUCGCUGGCCGGCGACGAAGCUUGGCCGUGCAGAAGAGCAAUACCAAGAGCUGAGUCAGCAGGCUGAGGAGCGGUGCCAGCAUCAUGUACAGCUGUAUAUCCAAGAACUUCGGGGCAACUUGAUGAUCGGUGCGAAAGCCCUGUUCUGGCUCAAUGUGCUUCAUCCAAUGAUUCCCUUGGUGCCCGUGUCAAGACAGGAAGCCCGAGAAGUUCUGAUGUUGUUUCUGGACGAGCUCAAAAGUGUUGACGGAGUUUACACAACACUGACGACGAGAAAUCCGUAUGUCUGGGACAUUCUGACGCUACCUCUUAGACUCGAGCCGUUGUUUCAUGGUGUGAGCACGUUGGCACUGAAUGGCCACGGUAGUGCUACAAAGGAGGCGAUCCGACUAAUGAUGGUGUUUGCUGCGCAAUAUGCACCGCCCGGGCGAAAGAAAGCCACAGUGCCGACAGGGCUAUCCAUCGUAGCCUCAGUUGGAAUACUUGCUCCACCGGAUAUCUUGCGCGUCAAAGAACUUCCGCAGACAUUGCGUGAUGACCUUGUGCAGCCGUUUUUAACAGUCACGCAAAAGUGGCUGUCGGUCGUCGAUGAGGUGUUAGGAGUUUUGACACAAGCUCUUACGAAAAGAUGGGUGUCGCGCGAACGAGCCCCUUAUGAAAAAGAGCGCAACGACACGUUCGAGUGUGUUCUACAAAGUGAUUUCGCACGGCUCAAUCAUGCGUUGGCGACAGACCAACUGUAUGUGGCGAGAAAAACUCGGGAAGACACGUCAAGCGUCGAUGGCGAGUGCUUAAACGUCCACGUCGUGUGCGACCAUGGAGGACUGUUUGUGCAGCUAGACCGCGGCAACGGGUGGAAGUAG